AUGCGUCUUUCCUCUCUCUUACAACUCUCCACAGCGGCGAGUGUUGUUUAUGGACACAGGCUGCCUUUCCCUGGAAACCCGGAAUACCAGUCUCUAGCAUUGGGAGAUCGAGCUCUUAGGGCCCGCCAAAACGGCGGCACUAAUUCUACGAUGGAGCAGCAGAGAGCGGCUGCCGUCAAGGAUGCUUUCACGUUCGCCUGGAACGGCUACUUCACGACUUGCAAAGGCCAAGAUGAGCUUGAGCCAGUGACGAAUACAUGUACCAACCCAAGGAACAAUUGGGGGGCUAGCGCGGUCGACGCCUUGAGCACGGCUUUGGUGAUGGAAAGCCAACCUAUUGUCAACGAUAUUCUUGAUUACAUUGCCACUAUCGACUAUACCACUACUGCUACGGAAGUCAGCCUGUUCGAGACGACCAUUAGGUAUAUGGCCGGUAUGCUGUCAGGAUAUGACCUUCUCAAGGGGCCAUUAUCCAGUUUGGGUAUGAAUGCUUCUGCAGUCGACACUCUUCUUACCCAGUCGAAAAGCCUAGCGGAUAGUCUGAGUUUCGCAUUCAAUACGUCUACAGGUAUACCUUCGAACAGCUUGAAUUUCACCAAUCAAACCGAUGACGGAAGCACAACAAAUGGACUUGCUGACAUUGGGACCCUGUGCCUCGAAUGGCAACAUCUGUCAGACCUCACAGGUGAUCCUUCGUACGGAGAUCUGGUGCAGAAAGCCGAGACUUACCUUCUGAACCCGCUGCCAGGAUUCAAUGAGCCCUUCCCCGGGCUCGUGGGUACCAACGUCAAUAUCUCCAACGGCGUCUUUCUGGACGCUACUGGAGGAUGGAACGGCGGCGAUGAUAGCUUUUACGAGUAUCUUAUCAAGAUGUACGUCUAUGAUUCGUCGCGCUAUAGCAACUAUUCGGACCGUUGGGUCAUGGCUGCCGACAGUACUAUCAAAUACCUAACCUCGAAUCCGGCUUCUCGGCCAGAUUUGACGUUCUUGGCAAGCUAUGUCGAUACCACUUUCGUUAACUCGUCCGAGCACUUGACCUGCUUCGAUGGCGGAAAUUUCCUUCUCGGAGGCUCAGUCCUUGGUCGACAGGACUAUGUCGACUUUGGGCUUGCGCUUGUCAAUGGUUGCCACGACCUGUACAACUCCACCCUCACAGGAAUAGGGCCAGAGACUUUUAGCUGGAACACCACAGGGGUGGACUCUACCAACGAAGCCUUUUACAAUGCGAAUGGCUUCUACAUCACUGAGCCCCUGUAUGAUCUGCGUCCAGAAGUCAUCGAAAGUUUCUACUACGCUUACAGAAUUACUGGCAACACGAUGUACCAAGACUGGGCAUGGGAAGCCUUCGUAGCUAUAAAUGCGACGACCAGAGUCGGCCAAGGAUUUUCGGAGAUCUCGGAUGUUAAUGCCGCGAAUGGAGGAUCGUUUGACAAUGUGCAAGAGAGCUUCUUGUUUGCGGAGGUCAUGAAGUACUCCUAUUUGAUACAUGCGCCGGACAGCGUGUUCCAGGUAGCUGGCAACGGUAGCACGAAUCAAUUUGUCUUCAAUACCGAGGCGCAUCCGUUGAAGGUUGUGGGACCUCCAGUAUGA